AUGAAUGAAAAGCUGGUUUCUAUUGUCAUUUUGAAUAUGAGUGGCAGCGUAUUGUUCAGCCCCAUACAAAUUGGUCCACUAAAGCUCAAGAAUAGGAUCAUGAGAUCACCAUGUGUUAUGAAUGAUAGCGACAAUAAUGGAUUCCCGUCAAAUAGAUUGCUUUCAUAUUAUAAAGAAUUAGCCAUUGGAGAAAUGGGUUUGAUAACAUCAGGCGGUGUUUAUGCUACAAAAGCUGGAAAGAAUUGUACUCAAAUGGCAGGAAUUGAAACGGAUCAACACGCAGAGGCUUGGAGAUCAACAAUUGAUUUCAUUCAUAGUAAGGGAUCUAAGUUCAUCUUUCAACUGGCAGAUUCAGGUGAAGCCACAACAUCUGAUAUUUCUUGUUCGCAACCAAGAGGACCUUCAGGGUUAUUACCGAAUUCAAGGAUGAUGUCCACUGCAGAAGUUGAAGAAUUUAUAGAAAUAUUCAUCAAUGCUGCAAACCGUGCACAAAAUGUAGGAUCUGAUGGUGUUUGUGUUCAUGCUGCCCAUGGUUUCAUGAUUUCUGAAUUUCUUUCACCACAUUACAAUAAAAGAACAGAUAAAUAUGGUGGAAGUCCAGAAAACAACAGAAGGAUCUUGAAAGAAAUUGUUGAAGGAAUUCGCUCAAGAUGUGGAAAAGAUUUCUUGAUAGCUACUAAGAUCAAUGGUGCUGAUCAAUGUGAGAACGGAAUUACUGCUAAAGACUUUGUUCAAAAUGUAUUAAAUACACCAGGAUUAGACAUGGUUGAAGUUUCCUGUGGUUUCCAAAAUGAUGCUGGAUGCAGAACACCUUCGUUUAAGGGCAUCAAUGGAAUCAGAUUUAAACCUGGUUAUAAUCUUGAUGAAGCUCUUGAAUUAAGAAAAUUUUCUGAUAUCCCAAUUGCAGUUGUUGGUGGAUUCAGGAAAUUAAAGGAUAUGGAAGAAGCAGUAAAGAAAGGAAUCCAACUUAUUUCCCUUGGAAGACCAAGUAUUUGUGAACUGCAUAUUGUCAAGCAUUUAAUAGAAGGACACGGAAGCAAAUGCAUUUCAUGCAAUCAAUGCGUUAAUGCACUUGCAACGGGUAUGGCUAAAUGUUGUGUGUUUUAA